AGAGAGAGAGAGAGAGAGACAGAGAGAGAGAGAGAGAGAGAGAGAGAGAGACGGGUGGGGGGAACAGAGGCAGGGAUGGAGGAAGAGUAGUGGUGCCGCGCGGACCAGACCAGAACAACAACAGCUCUUGAAUGUAGCGCGCGGCACAAAAGAAAAAAAAAAUAGAGAGAAAGAAAGAAAGAAAGAAAGAAAGAGCAGCCUCUUUUUCUUUUGCGCACAAGUCGGACGGAUAUUCCGUGGCCGGGAGCGCCGCCGCGACUCGACAGUGAUGAUGUCUGUGUGCGCUGUUCUGUUUAGGAUUAACCUGAAGCUGCUGUUGUGAAUACCUCAGAGACACUACAGCUGCGAGGAGGACAGACGGGGGAAACCAGAGGGGUGCAAUACGGAUUCCAUACAUUUGUGAUUGGAUGUGAGACUACUUUGACCCUACAGAAUUGAAGAUGAUGUUGCUAUGGAAACUGCUGGUGCUGCAGUCACUUAUGGGGUGCCUUGCAGAGAGCAGUGUCCUGCAGAGUCCUGUUUUCACCAAGCAGCCUGGAAGCAUUGUAUAUCCCGUGGAGACUCUGGAGAGGAACAGGGAGGUGGUGUUCAGCUGUGAGGCCCAGGGAAGCCCACCUCCAAUCUACCGGUGGAAAUUGAAUGGCACGGGAAUCAGUCCCAAAUCUGGAUCUCACUACAGCCUUUCUGGAGGCAAUCUGAGAAUCAGCCAUCUGAACAAAGACCAAGAUGCUGGAACGUAUCAGUGCCUGGCGUCCAACUCUUUUGGGACCAUCGUCAGCCGAGAGGCCAGUCUAACCUUUGCAUACUUGGAAAACUUCAAGACGCACAGAAGAAGCUCUGUGUCGGUGCGGGAAGGUCAAGGAGUGGUUCUGCUGUGCGGCCCACCACCACAUUCUGGAGAUCUCAUAUUUUCCUGGAUUUUCAAUGAGUACCCGACAUACGUGAAGCAGGAUACUCGCCGCUUCAUCUCACAGGAGACGGGGAAUUUGUACAUCGCCAAAGUGGAGCCCUCAGAUGUUGGAAAUUACACCUGUGUGGUGACCAACACCGUCACAAAGACCCGAGUCCAGGGUCCACCCACCCCACUCGUGCUCCGCAGUGAUGGUGUGAUGGGUGAAUACGAGCCAAAGAUUGAAGUUCAGUUUCCAGAGGUUGUUCACGUUGCCAAAGGAUCCACUGUAAAGCUGGAAUGCUUUGCUCUGGGAAACCCGGUACCAUCCAUAAACUGGAGGAGAGUGGACGGUGUGCCCUUCCCCAGGAAGGUAGACAUGAGGAAAGCCAGUGGCGUCCUGGAAAUCCCGUAUUUCCAGCAGGAGGAUGCCGGCACGUACGAGUGUGUGGCCGAGAACUCCAGGGGAAUGAACACAGUGAAAGGAAAGCUCUCCUUCUACGCCCCGCCUCAUCUCAUUGAGAAACCCCAAGAUGUCCAGAAGCUCAUUGAUGACUCGUUGGUGUGGGAGUGUAAAGCCACAGGGAAGCCGAAGCCUUCGUACAGGUGGAUGAAAAAUGGAGAGAACCUGGAGUCGGCAGAGGAGCGCAUACAGGUCGCCAACGGAGCAUUGUCAAUCAGUCGCUUGACCCUCACCGACACAGGAAUGUACCAGUGCGUGGCUGGUAACAAGCACGGCGAGGUCUACUCCAAUGCAGAGCUCCGAGUUAUAGCUGUUGCCCCAGAUUUCUCUCACAGCCAACUGAGGAGCCAGACGCUGGUGAAGGUGGGAGGAGACGCGCUCAUCGAGUGCAAGCCCAAGAUGUCUCCUUGGGGCGUGGUGUCAUGGCGGAAGGGCAGCGAACCACUCCGAGAAAGUACCAGAGUCACCAUUCUAGGCAACGGCAACCUUCGGAUAUGGAAUGCAACCAAAUCUGACGCAGGGCUCUACACCUGUGUGGCAAGAAACCAGUUUGGCGUGGCAAGCAGCACAGGAAGCAUCACAGUUAAAGAGCCGACCGUCAUCACCACCUUGCCGUCCACGCUGGACGUCACCGUCGGGGAGAGCGUGGUGCUGCCCUGUCAAGUGAGCCACGACCCGUCUCUGGAGCUCAAGUUCACCUGGUUCUUCAAUGAGCAGCUCAUCCACUUCGGGAGCCACGGUGGAUUUUUUGAGAAAGUGGGAGGCCAGCAUUCGGCAGGAGACAUUAUGGUUCGGAAUAUCCAGCUGAGGCACGCGGGGAAGUACACGUGCGCCGUGCAGACGAAGGUGGACAGCAUUUCCAUAGCUGUCGACUUGGUCGUCAGAGGUCCCCCGGGGCCCCCCACCAGCAUCCAUGUAGAAGAAAUCACUGAUACCACAGCCUCUCUGUCCUGGAGGCCCGGUCCUGAUAAUCACAGUCCAAUUACGGCAUACACCAUCCAGGCCAGGACACCAUUUUCCCUCGGGUGGCAGGCUGUCACCACAGUUCCUGAGGUGGUGGGGGGCCACCAGCUGACAGCUACAGUAAUAGACCUGAGCCCUUGGGUGGAAUAUGAGUUUCGAGUCCUGGCGAGCAACACCAUCGGGACUGGCGAGCCCAGCAAGCCGUCUAAACAAGCAAGGACAAAAGGGACCUCUCCGAAGGUCACACCGGCUAAUGUGAGUGGAGGCGGUGGCAGUCGCUCUGAAUUAGUCAUCACAUGGGAGCCCGUUCCAGAGGAACUGCAGAACGGAGCGGGGUUCGGCUACGUUGUGGCUUUUCGACCCCACGGGGCGACGGGAUGGAUGCAGGCCGCCGUCCCGUCCGCAGAGGCGUCCAGAUAUGUCUUUAAAAACGAGACCAUCCAGCCCUUCUCGCCUUUCCACGUGAAGGUCGGGGUCUACAACAACGAGGGCGAGGGGCCGUUUGGACCCGUUACCACCAUCUACUCUGCUGAGGAAGAGCCUGGCCGAGCGCCCACCAGGGUCCGCGCCAAGAGCCUCUCUGCGUCCGAGAUUGAAGUUUCUUGGAAAGCGCUGCCCUGGAACGCCAGCAAGAAAAGAGUGCUCGGCUACGAGCUGAGGUACUGGAGUAGAAGCGAAAAGGAAGACACGGCCAAUGUGCAAAGGAGCGUAGGAAAUCAAACGUCCGCCAUUAUCCGGGGGGUGAAAGGCAGCACCACGUAUUACAUCUCGGUGAGGGCGUAUAACACGGCGGGAACAGGGCCUCCCAGCUCCACCGUCAACGUCACCACCAAAAAGCCCCCGCCCAGCCAGCCGCCGGUCAAAGUGAUGUGGAACACAUCGAACUCCAAGAUUAUAUUGAACUGGGAGCAGGUCAAAGCCCUGGAGAAUGAGUCAGAGGUCACUGGUUACAAAGUGCUCUACAAAAAGAAUCGCCACAGCCGCCCCAACGUCAUGGAAACCAACACCACCUCUGUGGAGCUCGCCCUGCCCACUGAUGAGGAUUAUAUCAUCCAGAUAAAGCCGUUUGGAGAGGGAGGGGAAGGCAGCAGUAGCAGGCAGAUCACCAUCCCAAGGAUACCAGGCCCCAACGCAGUCGGCUCAGCAUCCAAGGUCUCCACUCUGUCAGCCCUCAGUACAAUAGCACUGUCUUUCACAGCGCGGACAUCUUUAUGACAAACAGCUCCCAGCAGCCGUUGCAUCUGAUGUGCAGACAGCUCCACGGCGGAACGCAAACACAGCUCACUCUGGUGUAACUAGAUCCAUUCAUUUAGAUUUUAGAGGCAGGAGGGGGGAAAAACCCGCUGGCGAAAAAAAAUGAGAAAAAAAAAAAAAAAAAGUGCGACACUGAGAUGACAGGGAAGGAGUCCCCAUCAGCACCCAGGCUAAGCGAAGGAGAUUGACCGAUGUCGUGACUAUGUUGUUACCAAAGCAGCUUUCAUAAGAAAAAAAAAAAAAGAGAGAAAAGAGAAAAAAAGACUUAUAUGCAUCUUUUUGUAUGACAUGUUGAGCUUUUAUAGAUUUUUGUUUUCUUAAUCGAUUUGAAGUCGGUCUGGGCUUACUGGGGCGCAAACAAUUAAGUGCAUGGCAGGCAACAUCAAAUUUGACAGUCUGGAGGUGAAGGACGUGAUUUGACGGCGCACCUUUUGUCUUGCAAAAAUGAGAUCAUACUCGUAACUCUGGUUCUUACAGACCAGAGUAGUCUAUUCUUCGAGUGAAUGAACUAUUAACUGUCAUCUGUUACAUCUCUGCAUUCCUCUCUCUGCAAUAUUUCAGAAAUAUUCCAUGCUAAGGACUGCAUGGACAUGUUGGGCGUUUGUCAUUAUCGGUCAUCUAACCAAUAAGAGGAUUAGCUUUUAAAAACAGCAGGCCACAUGCUAAUGCUUUAACACACUGGUGCCACAUUUAGCAUCAGCUAAAUUUGAUUCAGAAGGGAUUUCAUUAAUGAUGAAAUGCUCUCUUAACAUGUUUUGAAUUUUGCAGAAAAUACAGAUUAAAAAAAAAAAACGUUAAAGGGACAGUUCACUCCAAAAGAGGAGUACUUGUAGUGCUGUUCAUCCAUCUGGAUUGUUUUGGUGUGAGUGGCAGAAUUCUGGAGAAAUCGACCAUAGAAAUGUAUGUCUUCUCUCCAAUAUAAUGGAUCCAAAUGGCGCUGGGCUUGUGAUGCUCAAAGUGCCAAAAAAUUGCAUUUGAAAAACUCAAUGGUAAAGUGUCUUCCCAGAAAACAUGGCUUGUAAAGAUAAUUCGCGUCUAUGUAUUGCCAGGCAGAGGGAAGCAAACUCAUGAAACACAGCCGAAGACGAUGCCAUUAAUGUUCGCAUCCCGCGCUGAUACAUACAUGAGCGCCUCUCUCGUCUAUGAGUAGACACAUGCUUCCCUCGGUGCAGUGAUAUGGUUGGUGGGUGUAGUUUGGUAGACAGAAAGUAGUUCCUACAUGAAACUGCUCACAGCAAAGUCUGUGAAUCAACAAUAAAUGGGUCAUAAUGAGUUUUUUUAAUGUUUUUUUUUUAUUUUAUUUUUUUGGGAGGGCACAUUUAGCCCCAUAAGCUGAGAGCCAUUUAGCUACUUGUCUACAGGUUAUACCAAUAAAUCAAGUUUUUAAUUUUGGGGUGAACUGUCCCCUAACCCUAACCCUAAAUCAGGUUGCCCUCCUAUAGCAGACAAUGCUAACUGGCACCAAUUUCCUUAAAGAUAGGUUGGGAUUUCUGUCAAGUCUUUCUUAAUGCAGUACUCUCACAUACUAUAGCUACACUGAACACUGAGUCAUUGUGAUGACUCCUCCUGUCCACACCGGCCGUUUGCAUCAUGACUGCUAACGUGGGGGAAAAGAUCCAUUUGUUGUUCUGUGCAGAAAGGUUUAAGCUAACACGAGUUAGCUCGAUCAAAUCGCUGUCUCCAAAGUUCUGUUCUGCUUUAUAUGUACAUAAGUAAUUCGCUUUUUUUUUCUUUUUUUUUUUCCCCAAAUCUUUCCUUACUGGGCCUCAGCAGGACUCACAUAGCCUGAUGUAAGUUCUCUUGCUGCAGUAACACACCUCAGUAAACCCACAGCAUUACAAAGACAACCGCCUGAUUUUGCCAGCUGUAGAACACGUCACAGCUAGUAUGGGCAUUCAGAAUGAUUACGACAAGUCUGUGUGUGCACGUGACGUGAAAACAAAAAGGAGAAUCCAAACACUUUCGGAUGCUAAUGUGUUAGCAUGGUUUUGCUGCCAGGUGACCAAGAACGCCCCCCAAAAAGUCGAUGCAGUCCGUAAAGCCGUGAUCGUUUGUGAGCUCGUUACCAGAGAUGGCACCGUGCUGUUCUGCAGAGCAGAGCGUCGCCCCCCCACCGGGUUCCUCCGCCUCCGCCAUUGAACUGCACUGGUGACCGGACCACCCUUGUGGCUGUCUCAUGCUCCUCAUUACUUUCAGUUAGCCCUGUGUCUAAAGCUAUUCUUUGCCUUCUGUGUGCCUCAUCAUACGUUCAAAAUCCUCAGGUCCUUAAAGAGCCUUAACUUAUCAUAUGUAUAUCAAAAACAUUAGAAACAUAGAACUAUGAAGCAGCCGCGGUGAUGUUUACAUGCUGCUGUGUGGAUAGAUGCUGUAUGCGGUCAGGAUUGAGAGGGGGAGCCAACAUCCUUUUUGAAAUUCUGAGGUUACCAAGGUUAGUUUGAAUGGCGCUCCGCUGUUUUACGCAUGGGAUAUUGGCAAUAUAAUGAGGGCCUGGUGCAUUUUUAUAGGUGUGUGUUCUUAUUAAAAGACGAUGCUGCUGAUCUUUUCCUUUUCCCAUAGUCUCCUGAUGCCAUGUGGGAGUGCUGUGCUGCGGAGGUACAGUGCAGUCUGUAUGUAGCUUGUAAUCCAGUUAAGUAGUUUGUACUUUGAAGGGAAGUGUACCGUAGGCUACUGGGUCUCGCUCAGAAUCAUGCAUCGAGAAAUGUGUAAUAUACUGUUUUGUACACUUCAAAUCAUUUAUAUAAAAGAAACCUUUCUAAAGAGAUGAUUUACUCGGUUUUUAUGUAACGACUCUGUUUCAUACUGUAGCUAACUGUUGCUCAGCAUGACUGUACUGUGUCCUCUCUCUCUUCUGUCCAACUGCAAACCUGACUGAAUGGCUUUAGGAACAUGCAAGGUCCAUGCAUCCGAUAGGUCUGUGUAUACUGUACGUGUACCAUGAACUCUGAACCAUGGUCCGCCUCCAUGUCUGUGCUUCUGUCUCAGUCAGCCCCUCUGAGAUGUACUGGCUCUACUGUCCAUAUACGCUCUACUUGAGGGUUUCCUCUGUUGCUGUUUGUUGUUUAUACUGUGUUAAUAAAGUUUAUUGAU